UGUCCGACUUCAAAAGUCGACAGUCGAGCGCGAGUCUGUGAACUGUGCGCGCGUUCACGCAUAUCAACCAACCAAUCAAUUAAAUUAUUUUCAAAAGUGGAAGAAACAUGGAAAAUAUACAUAACAAUAAUUAUCCUCUGGAGAUUCGGGAUGUCGAACCGGAUGUAGCAGAAAUGCUUAUGAAAUAUUUUACGGGUGAACACACUGGCUUUGUUCGUGUCGGACCAAAAGGCUACUUCUUACCACAUUCAUUCAGAAAGGAAGCAUUAAAUAUAUACAACAUGGACAUACGUCCUACAGACGUUUUUGUAACCAGCUAUCCACGAUCAGGAACAACAUGGACACAAGAGCUCGUGUGGAUGGUGGCAAACGACUUGGAUUAUGAAAAGUCUAAUAAAAUACCACUCACUGAGAGAUACCCAUUUUUAGAAUUCUCAGUGUACGUCCAUCCUAUAAUGAAAAAGCGAUUCCACGACGAGAACUGUAAUAGCGAACAUAAAUUAAAACUCCUAGAAUAUGUUAGCCAACCGGCAACAGAACAGCUUGCAAUCUCACCUUCGCCACGCUUUGUCAAAACACAUUUACCUCUUUCCCUCCUACCACCGUCGUUACUCGACACCGCCAAAGUGAUUUACGUAGCCCGCGACCCGCGAGAUGUCGCCGUCUCCUUCUUCCACCUAAAUAAGUCAAUGAGGACACAAGGCUACAUCGGCGAUUUCAAAACCUACUGGCAAUUCUUCAUUAAGGAUUUACAUCAUUGGACCCCAUACUUCGAACAUGUCAAGGAGUCCUGGGAGAAAAGGCAUCAUCCCAACAUGAUGUUCUUAUUUUACGAAGAACUGUCAAAGGAUUUACGCGCGGCCGUUGAGCGAGUGAGCAAAUUUUUCGGUAAACAAUUUACAGAACAGCAAAUUGACCAACUGUGUGAUCACCUUAGCAUUGAGAACUUUAAAGUGAAUAAAUCGGUCAACUAUGAUGUGAUGCGCGAGCUUGGUAUCCUUAUACCGGGGCAAGCGACUUUCAUUAGAAAUGGUAAAUCAGGCGGCUGGCGUGAUUACUUCGACGAUGAGAUGAGAGCUGAAGCAGAGAAAUGGAUCGCCGACAAUCUGCGUGAUACCGACUUUAGAUUCCCUCACAUGGCACUAUAAAAUAAUGCUAAUCACUCGACAAAUGUCACGGUGCUUUCGAUCCAUACACAUAAUUUAUACUAAGAUUGUAUGUAUAAAAAAGACAACGACUUCAAAUCCUUAAUAAUUAUAACAUAGAGAUAAUGUUUUUAGUCCAAUUAAGAGUUUUAUACAUAAACCAAAUAUUUAUGGUUUAUUAUAUAAAUAUAUAAUGACAUGACAUUAGAAAAUAGGUAAAUAUUAAAAUAAUUUAGUUUCUUUUUUUUAUAAUAUAUCAAUAUAGGUGUUUUACCGUGAAAUAAUAUUAAAUUAAUUAUUAUAAUUAACACUAAAGUGUGACUAUUAUAUAAAAUAGGGUCUUAACUUUUGCAGGCUAACAGGGUAAUUACUAUUUUU